AUGACCACCCGAGUAGACUCCUCGGCUUCGCGACCAAGAUCUCGACGGUCUAUUGCUCAUGUCCCGCGAUCGAAGAUGACGUCCGGUUUGGACAAGGAGAAUUCUACAACGGAAAUUGGCGCUUCCCAGUCCUUUGCAAACAGCGCGAAACAGGUCACGAGGGACAAGAAAUCCCGAAGCAAGAGUCUGGGACCCGGUGGUCUUGAUGCACUCCAACAUUCCAACGGCAAUCGUCGUCAGUCUACGGCAUCAUUCCCCCUCAAAUCAAUCCUGAAGCCUACAGUCCCAGUCUCCCCAGUGCGAAAUAUCCCCUCGUUUGAAGAAACUCGCCGGCGCACGCCCGCUCGUGGUAAACAACAGAGCCACGAAGGCGCACUUGACGGAGAAAAUCAAAACAAAAACGGACUUUUGAUUGAUUUUGAAACAGCACCUGGACCCCCAGCGCCAGAGAAUGGCAAUGACGACACUGCAAAUCCGUUUGAUACCUUCAAUGCGACUUCCGCCAUUCGCGAGGAAAUGGCCGCUACUAAGGAACGCGACGAACAAGAGCGCAAAGAUCGUGAACGACAGAAUAUUUUAGAAAAACGAGCGGCACGACGGAAGUCUAUGGCAAAUCGCCGGGUUUCCUUCGCGCCCGAGGCAACUUUACAUACAUGGAACGUGGUGGAAAUUCCCGACGACUCCACAGCCUCGUCGGCCGCGAACUCGACAAGAAGGGCAUCUGCUGCGGCAAACUCCCAGAACCAACCUGCCCCCUCUUCGCCUGAAAAAGAAGAUCCAUCAUCACCAGCAGAGUCGGAAUUUGGAUUCUCUCCUGUUCGCACACAAGAUCUGAACCAGCUCAGAGGAAGCCACCAAUCAUCUACGGGUGGCGAUGAAAACCAUCACGACUUAUCAUCGAGUCCUUUCAGCGGAAGCUCAGUAGGGAGUGAAGACACUGGCGCUCAAAGUAUGGCUGGCGAGGAAGAUGACGUUGGUGAUUCUUCGGACUCUGAUGAUGAUGGAUUUGAUGCUGAGAGCACUGCAAUGAGCAUGGAUGAUAUGACCGCUCGCUCAGGCAUUAGUGUUCAAUCCGACGAAACCUCCAGCUCUAGCUCUAGCGCCAGACUGAACAAAGCACUGCGCCAGGCUGCAAAGGAGGCAGGAACUGAAGUUGAUGAGGGUGGAGAGAUGUCAAUGGAAAUUGUAGACCAAGAGAUUACGGGUGCUUUCCAGCCGUGGAUUAAGAAGGGCGAAAGGCAAAGCUUUGACUGGGGGGAUAUCAGCGCCCAACAUGGGCAGGAGAACAUGGGCCCAUCUAAGUCCGCCAUCAAUUCAGGAGCGCCAGAAUCCGAUGGAAUCGACGAGGACGAAGAUCUCAGCAUGGACGUGACAAAUGCCGUAGGACGCAUUCUCGGAAAGCCCCCGGGCUAUCGACAGAGCAUGGCUCGUCGCACGUCCUCUGCGCAAGAAUCCGAGUAUGGCGACCAAACGAUGGAAAUGACCAAUGUCGUUGGUGGCAUUGCACAGGACAAUUCGCCAUCAAAGUCUUCCGAGAACGACGAGGAUGAAGGAAUGACAAUGGAAUUCACUUCGGCCGUCGGCCAAAUUCUAGGCACCGGCCCUUCCCAUGUGCCUGAAUCCGAUAACGCAAACAGCGACCAAGACAACUCCUCGGAUGAUGGCAUGGACAUGGAGAUGACCGGUGCCAUUGGUGGUAUCCUGCAGUCCGGAAUUGAAGCCAACGAUAAAGUGCACGCGAAGAUGCUCAUGGAGUUCGAAACUGAUUCGGGGCAGUUAAACAGCUCGCCUUUCCAGGCUAAGGUUCGACAGUCUCCUGCUAAAUCUCCUGCCAAAUCACCGCUAGCUUAUCAGAUUGCCGCCGUUGCUUCUGAAAAUGGAAGCCCUAGCCUGGAAACUGUCCGGGCUAGACCCUCGCGACGUAGCUCCGCCAGGGGAUCGUCGAGCACUCCCAAGUCACACAGCCGGCAACAAUCCCCCCAUAACAAACCAUCGACUCCCCCCAAACAAUCCACCCCUCAAACGAAACCGACUACCCCAAGCAAGACCCCCCCGUCUAGCAAUGUAUCGUAUCGAACUGCGUCGCCAAAGAAGCUUUUCAAGCCUGAGCUCAAGCAGUCGGCUGACAAGCGCAAGUCUCUGAGAAAGAGCUUGUUCGAACACAACGCAGCAACGGGAGAGUCCACUCCACUGUUCAAGCUGCAACCACGCGAGAACCGCCGCUCAUCUGGUCUGGGGAUUGACAAAGAAGGUCUCGGAUCUCCUCGCGUGGCAGCCUUACUUGAUAAGCGCCAGUCACUUGGAGACAGUACACCGCAGUUUGUUCCCCAGGAGAACCUCCGAUCUGGUGUACGCUUUGAAGACCCCGUCCGAAUGCAAGAGGAGGAAGAACGUGAUCGCGAGGAGGAGGAACUCAGAGAAGAUGGCCAUAUUCCGGAGACGCAAUCGGACCGAGACGUUACGUCCAGUCUGAAGGAUAUGAUUUCAAGUCUCAGCCCCAAGAAAGCUAGGAUCGGUAGCCGCAAGAGUCUCCAUGUUGGGGCCGCUCGCGGAAUUCUUGGCAAGCGCCCUGCUGAACUGGACCUCGAUGAAGACGAAGUCGAGAACUCUCCAAAGCGUCUACGAGGCCAUGAUGUCAGUCCAGUCAAAGGUGUCAGAUUGCCGGCGCCGAUGGCCACAAGUGCUAAUGUUCGCCGAUCAAUUCUGUCCCCUGUCCGUAGAGCGGCCAGUUCAUCGCCUCUCAAGGGUAGCACUACACCUUCUCAAGAACCACGCAGUGCUUUCCAAACCUCGACAACUCCUCUUAAGCACGGGAUUGAUGCUCUUCAUAUUGCCUCUGACCCGCAGCAGCCAGAAGAGGAAGCUGAAACUCCAGUCGAGGAACCCGUUGUGGAAGUCGAGCAGAUUCAGUUACAAGACUUUUUAAACAUGACCAACAUCCAUUUCAUGGAACUGACUACGACAAAAAGACGACACACAACUGCCCCAGGUAGUGUUACUAAGAGACUGACCCGAGCCUCUGGGGAAAAUCUUCCAAAGCCUGGUUCUAUCACGUUUGAUGACUGUGUGGCGGCUGGCUUCUGCACGGUGCCGAUGCUCGAGCUGUACCAACAUUCUUGUCGGGAGCUGAAAUCGUACAUCUCGGAGGGCCGGCAAGUUAUCCGCUCCAUUGAAGCCGAGACGUUUGCCGAAAACCCGCCACUCUUCCAGGAGUAUGUCACUGCUCCGCCGGAUAUCCGACUAAUCAUGGACAAUCAAUUCCGAAAUGUCAAAACCCAUGCCCGUCUUCUCAGCAAGGCUACAUGGUAUGAAUGGCGGAUGAAGCUCCUCGAGGGGCUAAAGGAAGGACUUCAUCGCCACGUGGAUGAGAUGAAGGCAGAUGAUGAGUUGCUUAUAGAACGCGAGGAGUUACUAAAUAGCAGUGUUCCUCCUCUGGUGGAGAAGCAUGCAUUGCUCGAACAAGAAGCAACGAACCUGCAGCAUUUGGUAGAUGAGAUGGAGAACUGUGACCAAGAUGAACUGCGCAGUACGCGAGCAAAGCUGUCUGAUAUCGAUUCUCAGAUUGCAGCCAAGAAGCAAGAACUUGAGCAACUGCAAGAAGAAGUCCAAGAGAAGACGACCUCAAUUGCGGUUGGAGCUGAAAUGCGCGAUGAGUACCUAGCUCAAAUCCAAGAGGCAGAGCGCGUGACGGAGAAGUGCCGUGGCUGGAGUGCCCGGGAGAUCAAUGACUUGAAAGCUUCUGUUCAACGGAUUGAGCGUCGAACAGGUUGGUCGAUCAUUUCGGCCUCAAUUCCACAGGACUCUCAAGCGGGCCCAUUAUUGAAAAUGGCCUACCGCGAUCAACUCCAACUAGAGUUCUAUCCUGGGGCUUUUGCCUCCAAGAAUCGAGGCCAAGAUGAAGUGAAAAACCUACCUAUCAUUUUGACCUCCCAAAAGAAUGCUAAUAUCUCGCCCAUUGCUUCUUUGGUUCUCCACUCUCUGCAGCGCCAUCUGGCUACGGUUCAGCAGUCCACUGUCGCAGCCAAGCAAACCUUGCAGUUCAUUUCAAGCGCCUGGGACCGCACCGUCGGUCUGGAAAACGAAGCGCGCAUGCUAGAAUUCUGUGGUGUCACCCGUCUCACAUUAUCAAAGCCUGAUGACGGCUCUCUUUCUUUACGUGCACGUUGCACGCUCCUCGGGAACGCCAACGCUUCAACCCCUGGCCACAAAGCUGCCUCGAAGAGUGACAGUGCCAAGAGAAUUGACGUCGACUUCACUGUCCGCGCCCGUAUUGAUCAAACCGACACCGAGAACACUGUCGGUUCUCUGGACUUCGAUAUUGAUGUUCUAGCAACGAAGGUAUAUGGCUUCGGAACAGGCAACACGUCCGGUCUGCCCGAAAAGGAGCUGCAAAACAUUCUCGGCAAGGGACUUGGUCAGAAAGAUGGUGAUAUUCAACUGGGGAAUGGGGUGUGGUGUAAGGCAGUCCGUACACUUACGGCCUCUGCGUUUUAA